AAUAGCGUAAUGGAAGAAUUGCGUGACGAGUUGGCAUCUGGAAAGAAACAAUAUACAUAAUAAAAAUUUCUUCCUUACUGCUAAUUUCAGAGUUUUUUUUGAAGUGGUGUCUUGAUGGUUAGAAAAUAUCGGUAUCGAAAUAUUUCACACUGAUGAUUAAAUAUAGGUAACUUGUGGAGAGGGAGGCAUUCAGCUUUUGAACAUGUAUGAGUUGAAAUAUAAAACGUGUUACAAGUGGACGGAUUUUAAAUCUUUGAAGUCAUUUUUCUUGUAUCAUUCAUAUGUUUUGCAAAGUAUAGCGUUUAGGUUGGGGGAUUUGAGAUCUCCCCGAAGUAUAAACUGAGUUUUGCGGAGUUGGGGUUUUCAUAUUACCUUGAAAUAUCGAGUUCUGCGAAGUUUUGCGAAAUUGUUGCGGAUUGCUGCUUAUGUAUUUGUAAUUUAGCCAAACGUAUUUUAUUUGAAACAUGAUGCAGACAGUACAGUUUAGUCAGCCACCCCCUCCAAUUCCCAAUAUGUCAGUUCCACCCCCAGCGAUGGUACCCCAUCAUUAUUCCCAACAUCGGUUCCAUGGAGAAAGAGGUGCCCACAGAGGUCACUUCUUUCAGCCCUUCCGUCCUUAUCCUCGGCAAGGCCCUGGUGGACCUGACAGCGAAUUUGAUGGGAAGAGACUUCGCAAAUCUGUUAUGCGAAAGACUGUUGAUUACAACUCUGCAGUAAUAAAGAUGUUGGAGUGUCGUAUAUGGCAGAGGGAUUUUCGGGACCGACGCUCAUUGCAGCCAGAUGUGACGUAUUAUCCAGACCUCCAACCACCACCUAGUUAUAUUGACAAUGCCAUAAAUUCUGUAACAACACGUUUUGUGAAGACUGCUACCAAUAAAAUGCGCUGUCCCAUAUUUUGCAUGGCUUGGACUCCUGAAGGCCGCCGCCUGGUUACAGGUGCAUCUAGCGGAGAAUUUACACUUUGGAAUGGGCUUACUUUCAACUUUGAGACCAUCUUGCAGGCCCAUGACAGCCCAGUAAGAACUAUGGUGUGGUCCCAUAAUGAUGUGUGGAUGGUUACAGGAGAUCAUGCCGGCUACGUGAAGUACUGGCAGAGUAAUAUGAAUAAUGUGAAGAUGUUCCAGGCACAUAAGGAGGCAAUCCGAGGUCUCAGCUUCAGCCCAACGGACCAUAAGUUUGUGACUUGCUCAGAUGAUGGGACAUUGAGGAUCUGGGACUUCAUGCGAUGCUAUGAGGAGCGGAUACUCAGAGGACAUGGUGCUGAUGUGAAAUGUGUACACUGGCAUCCCCAGAAAGGUCUUAUCAUCUCUGGCAGCAAAGAUAAUCAGCAACCAGUGAAACUGUGGGACCCAAAGACAGGCCAAUCACUGGCAACACUCCAUGCCCACAAGAGCACUGUGAUGGAUAUCAAAUGGAAUUCCAAUGGCAAUUGGUUAGUGACUGCUUCUCGAGAUCAUCUCCUUAAGUUAUUCGAUCUGCGCAACUUGUCACAAGAGGUUCAAACAUUUCGUGGUCACAAAAAAGAAGCAAGUAGUGUUGCAUGGCAUCCUUACCAUGAGGGUCUUUUCUGCAGUGGAGGUUCAGAUGGUGCCAUUCUCUUUUGGCAUGUUGGGGCAGACAAAGAAGUGGGUGGCAUUGAACAAGCACAUGACAGCAUUGUGUGGACAUUAGCUUGGCAUCCACUUGGACAUAUCCUAUGCUCAGGAUCCAAUGAUCAUACAAGUAAAUUCUGGACUCGUAACCGACCUGGUGAUCUUAUGCGUGACAAAUACAACCUGAAUACUCUGCCAGCAGGGCUGCCAGGUUUUGAUGACCAGGAUAUGGAUGAACCAGCUGUAAUACCUGGUAUGGGUCCUGAAGACAAGGUGGAGGCUGUAGCAAGCCCUACAGUUGCUCAGAUCCCAGGACUAGACUUUGAUGCUACUGAGGAUAGACACCGUUCAUAUCACAAAAAGGUUCCAUAUUCAAAACCAAUUCCAAGGAAUUUCCAGGCUCAGUGGAAUGAGACAGGGAGAGCAAAUCAUGAUGAUGGUCGAGAUGAAGAAAGUGAUGAAGAAGAUAGUUCGUGGAGGGGUCGUAAAUCUUUAAUUACACCAAAGGAUCCAAUAACUGAGGUUAUUACACACCUAAUAGAAACAAAUCCACCCCCGGGAGUUGUGCCUCUUAGACAGCUGCAGCCACAGGCUAUUAUUGUUUAUGGAAAGCUCCUCCCAGUUGAAGGGAAUCCAGGUUUGGCAAGUGCAAUUGCUGCAGGACCAGUGGCAUUACAACGUUAUAUUGACUCAGGUGAAGUGGAAGAAUUGGCUGAUGUAAUUCCACAUGUAGAUGAUAAUGAUGAUUUUGAUGAAUAUGAUGAUUGUGAUGAUAACAUGGAUUUGGAGACUAUGUCAGAUAUUGAGCUCCCUGCACCUCUUCCCUCAUCAGCCUUUGCUCGCAAAGCUGCUCAGCAACAACAGCAGCAACAACAGCAACAACAGCAACAACAGCAGCAGCAUCAUCCUACUCAUCAAAGGAAGUCACGAUUCAGUGAUCGUGAGGAUACAAAAGCUGAUUUAGAACCAAAGUCUUCCAGUAACAAUCGUGACACUCCUAGCAUCAGAAAUGCACCAGUGGGUGGUAGGUCAGAAGACAAAGACAUGCGCAGUUUACCUCUUGAGCAGCCACGGCCUUUAAGUUUCCCUGCACUCCGUCCUAGCCCUGGAUCACAGCUUGGUCGCACCCCUGAUCAGGACAUGAGGUUUACAGGAUCUUCAGUGGGGGACUUGGAUCUACGUCAGACCCCUGGAGGUGCUCUAGUGUCAGGGCCAUUGGGAGGAACAGGUGAUCAGGAUUUCCGGAGACUGCAGAUGGACAGCGAUUUGAGACACCUUCAUAACCCAUUGCUCCCAAGACCCUUAAUGGAUGAGGACAUGCGUAACCAUCAAGGAUUUGACCAGGACAUGCGAGCAGAAGGUGGAGGAGAUUUAGACUUGCGUGGCAAUCCAGGCAUGUUACCACAGCUUCCUUCUUCUCAGCUUAUGACUGGACCAUUUGACUCUGACUUCCGUCGCCAGAACAGUAGCAUUGGGCCAUUGCUACCUCGACCUAAUCAGGGGUCCCCUCUCUGUGAUGGAAUGAGAGGUGGCCCUUCAGAAAGCCUACAUGAGCCAUAUGAUGAGAAAGAAGAUGUGAGUUCUGGGAGCAGAGGUCCAGUGGAGACUGAAGGGCCAAGCAGGAGAGGAUUCAUGAUGGGAAGACCACAGUUUGGUAACCAUCCUCCUAGAAGCUUAUUGGAACAAGAGUGGGGAUCAGGACCCAGAAAAGGAGGCUGGGCUGAAUCUGCACUAGAUGAAGAAGAUGGUCCAGGUGGAAACUUUAGGCAUGGAGGAAGUUUUCGUGGUGAUGACAAAUUCAGAGGAGGUUACCCUAUGAGUCCUGGGGAAGCAGGGAAUAGCCCAAGUAACGGGCAGAAUUUUGGAACCGAACCAGAGGACAGUCCAGCUGGAAGUUAUAAUAGAGGAAACAGAGGUCCAACUUCUUGGGGGGGAGGAGGAGGAUCUUAUCCUCCAUCUAGACAAGGCAGCCCCUUCCGUCACCAGCUGGAAGGUGGGUUCCGUGGUCGUGGAGGCAGAGGUGGGUUCUCUAACAGGGGAAGAGGAGGUGGAAUGUCAAGAGGUGGCUCGAGAGGCAGAUAUGGAGGUUCUAGAGGAGUACGUGGUGGACGUGGUCCCAAACGGGGACAGUUUUGAAUUUGUAGUUAUUGUGAUGGAACGUCUGGAGUUAUUUUGAUGCUGAAAAGUGGAACUUUGUGGUGGGUGUAUAUAAUCAUUAGAACUGUAAAUUCUUGCAGGUCAUGUAUGAUGACAUCUGUGCUACUUGUACAGAGUCAUUACAUUUGAGUUCUUAAAAAAAGUACUUUAUAAAUCUGAGCCAAAAAUUAUCCUUCCUUUUUAAUUUCUUUAACAUAAUUUGGAAAGCACAUAAUUUCCCUACAUUGAGGUGUAGUGUUUUAUUUUGUGUGAUUUUUUGCUGGCAAUGAUCUUCAGAACUUCAAUUUCAGUUCUUCUAAUAAUGACUUGGUCUGGAAUGUUUGUAAAUUUACAUUUGCAUUUUGUUCUUAUCCUUGCAAUGAGCUGAUCACCUGCCCAAGGAGUCCUACCGAACGUGUAAGAUCUAGAAAAACCGAAGUGAACGGAGAAGUUCAUGGAGGUAGGCCUAGGCCCACUGGGGCUGUUGUGCCAAGGAAAAAAAAAAUUUGUUCUUAUAUGAACUUCAGAAUCUGUCCGUACAUCAGAAGUGGGACUUUGAAUGAUACAGUGAUGAUGUAUGUAAUUGAUGCUUUAAAAAGGACAUUGUUGAUUUUCCUGAAAUGUACAAGAGGAUGAUAGCCCAGAAGAAUACAGUGAAUCAGUUUGUGUUGUUAUAUGUAAACAAUAACAUAGCACAAAAGUGUUUUUUUACUUCUAAUAUCUAGGAGUUGAAGAGAUUUUGUGUAUGAAUUGAUGUGCGAUGAGGCACUUGCUGCUGAUGUACUGUAUACUGUAUAUGUGCUCCAUAUGUUCGUUUAGAGUACCAAGAUAUAAUGUGGUCUUACCGUGAAAUUUGAGUCACUUAAUUAUAAUUUGCCACUUACAGAAUAA